AAACAAAUAUGCAUGUAAUGAUUCUCAAAACACAAACAAUAUGUGUGAUAAAUCUCCUUUACUUUUUGCUUGUAGUCUCGUAGUGCUAUCGCCAAAAAGAAUCGUGCCAAUGCAGUACCUCAUACAUCUGGCAGCAAGAGUCAUGCCCGUGUUGCCAAUGAAAUGGCUGUCAAACUUGGGCAUGAUCCUCGGAGAGAUGAAGUUUAUAUCGAAACACAUACAUGCAAGAAAGGGGAAAGGAAAGGGAGUUAUGUGCCGCAGGCAGAAACAACAAUUAAAGAACUCAUAGAGAAUGCUGAAAAGCACCCUGAAUGGAAGGAAAAGAGCAUUCAAGAAGGUGAUCUGUUUGCACGCGUAUGUGGAAUGAAGGAGCCCAGGGGUCGUGUCCGUGUGUUAGGUCUAGGUCCAACACCUCAAGAUUUGGGCACACCGGGUACACGGGGUAAAUUGAGCACAAGAGUUCUAGUUGAAAUGCAAGGGCGUCGAAAAGCUGAAAAUCGCUAUAACAUGCUCCAGGGGCAUGUGCAACAAAUGGAAGAAAGAGUGAACCAAAUGGAAUUGAUGUUAGCUUCACAAGGAAGGCAUAAUCUGGAAACUCCUAGCUCGCAGCAUGGUUCCAAUUCUCGACAAAACUCCGGAGCUGAAGCUGAGGAACAUAAUGACGCUGAAGAAGAUGUUGAACAGGAUGAUGAAGAGCCAUUUGUUCAAAGAAGAGUUGUUGCAAAGCACCCUGCAAGAAGCUCAUCAACCUAUGAAGAUGAAAACCUUAUUGGUAUGGAUGUGCUUCUUUAUGCAUGGACUGGUCCUGAAACUCCUGUUGCCAAGGCAACAAUUAUCUCAGUUGACCCAGACACUAUUGUGGGCGGAGAGACCCUUGGACCAGGAACUUAUGAGGUUCCUGUCAAUGUUGCUAUUGGAAGAGAUGCUACGGUGCCUUAUGAAUAUGACGAUUUACAAAUUAUUGCUGAUGCUAUCACAAGGUCCAUUGCAUGGCCAUCUAGCAAGAUGAAACCCUAUAAACCAGGGGCAUCUUCCUCAUCCCGCCGCUAAGGAAAUACAUACAGAAGGGUCAGGAAGUAACCAGGAAGAUGCCAGUUUGCAUCAGCUACAGAUUUUCUGUAAUGGAGCAAAACCAAUGUGUCUUUUAGGUCUCAUUAUGUAAACCUAUAUGGCAUCUUGUCAUCUGGGUAUUUAUCUUGUCAUCUGGGUAUUUUGUGUAAUGGAGAAAACAAUGAAUCUCGGACAUGCAUCUAUCAUUUUGUAAACCUAUCGGGCG